AUGCUACCUGCCCGAGCCAACUUCAACACCGACACACAGAUACUGAACUCUUUAAAAGCACUUUUAAACAACUACACAACACUUAAAGCUGCUCUUUCCUCUAAUAAAUUUCAAACACCUACAAAAGAAAAACAGUUAGACAGCUCUAAUGCAUCUAUCCUGGAAUGCUUGUCUACUGACUCAGAAGCCUCUUUUCUGUCCCAAGCUGAGUCUACUUCUAAACCUUCUAAAUCAAAGCUUAAGCUUGGAAAGCCCCUUUUAAUUCACAAUUUAACAGAUCGAUAUUAUUCUAUAGACCAAUGCUGGACAAUUGAUUUAGUUUUUUCAGAAAUCUACUCUAAUUACAAAAAAACCACCUAUGUCAGAUCUUUAUCAGGCGACCAGGAGGUUCAUAUUGUCGCUAUUCGACAGUUUUUUCUAGAUUGCUACGUUUGUGAUCAGUUUUUUUUAAACAUGUUAAUGAGUCCUAUAUCAAAUCUUAUAUGAGUAAAAAAUGAAGAUUUUUUUAAGGCUAUCGAAGGAGCUAAUAAAAAUUGGCCCAAUUUAUGAUAAUAACGCAUAUAUUUUGGCUAAUUACACUUUAUAUUUAAUAAAAAUAGGUAAAAUUCCUAUACCCAUAAAAAUUCGCCUUAUUUCCUGUCAAUAAAAAAAUUCGGAAAAGAAAGAAAAAGAAUUUUCCAGCUACAAAGAAUGUUAUGUAAGAUUUAUAUAGUUUUCUUUUGUUUUGUGGAAUACGAAACUGGCAAAAACCUCGGAAGAGAGAGUUUAUUAAAAGUCCUUGAUAUGGUUGAAAGAAGAAUUAAACCACAGCUAGAAAUGUGGGUAGAUUUAAUAAUGAAGAAAGCUCAAAGGCCAAAAGAAAAAUUGAGCUUUGAAGAUUUCAAGUCUAUUAUCAUUGGUUAG